UCUCGUAGCCCUGAUCUUCGUCUUGUGAAUUACAGGAAGGCCGCGCGGCGGCGUGGUGAGGUCGCGUCAGCGGGCGGAAACGACAGUGGCGGCGCGGCGGCCCCGUGCUCGUCGGCCGAGCAGAGCCGCCUGACUCGAGUCGCCGCCGCGCUUGGGCGCUGGGCUCGCUGUCGCCGCCCCCUUGGACGUAGUGAGAUCUACGGCCCUAAGCUCCGCAUCUCGAUCCGUCCACACAAGCUCGGGUGGUCGGUGAACCCUAGGUCCGUCCGACGGCGGUUGCGCGUGCGGCGUCCGGUGCUUGCCCGGUGGCGGUUCCACCCACGGACUCCUUCGUAGGCGGGCGGGUCUUGCCUGCGCGCCUAGGCCAAGGUCAAGCGCAGGCAGGGCAGGGGUCGCUCGAGGGACCUGGGUGCCUGGGCACAUGACUGGCGACGGUGCCGGCAAGAGGCAGUGGUUAGGAGCAAUCCAAGCAGCGAGCACAAGGGCGGCAGCGGCCAGCGGUGGCUCAGCACAACGAGUAGGCCUCUCGGCGAUAGAAUGGGUCGGCAGAUUGUAUCAUCUAGGAUGUUUGAGGACAUUGGCCGGAACUAUGGAUAUUUUCCUGAUCCAACAAACCUGUAUGUGGUCAAGUGCAAAAUGUGUGUGAAAGAUGCUCGCUCUAUUGCUCUUCAAGCUGCCAGGAUAAGAAGGCCAUAUGAUAAUUAUCUAUUAUCGACGGGAUCCUUUUUAGUUUCAGUUAGUGCUUCUCACCUAGAAGAUGUCAGCUACCAGAGUACCAUGGUUCUUCUUAGGGUACAAAAUCCUGAUACUGGUUAUGCACAUGGAGGAAAAGGGGGGACAAUGGACAAUUGGGCAUAUUGCACAGCCGUUCUUGCAACUCUGCACCUGUUUGGCCAUUCAAAGUUGUUGUGAUGAAGCACACAGAUGAAACAAUAUCAUUUCCUUUAAUCCAAUUCUAGCUAAAUGUGUUUCUGAAUAUAAUUUGCUUGGCUCAGAUGCAUAAUAGUUUAUUUCAGUUAAGUGUAUGGUCGAAAAGUUCCCAAUCUUUUUUAUUGUGGGAGGUGCAGAUCCGUUUCAAAUGCUCUUUGCUUAGGCAAUCUGCAGCUGUAGUGCUCUUAUCUGAACAAUAUAGACCCUUACUAACAGGGCACCAAGUAUAUAUAUUUAUUUUUCA